GGUGGAAGACGACGGCUUCUGGAGUCCAUAGAAAGAGAGGAGAGGGGAGGUGGUGGGCAGCAGCAAGAAUGGCGUGCUCCACCAGUCUCUGCUUCUCGGCGUCGUUUGCUCCUCCUGCCGCUUGUUCUUCCUCCUCCUCCCCCUUCCUCGCCAUCGGGCUUGUGUCCUCGGCUCCGCCCGUGUCCAGAUGGACAAUCCAAUACAAGCAAUCGGGACAUACAUCAUAUCGGAGAAGCCACGUGCAAAGUUUCCUGGCUUUUGCCAGUGCAGAUGCACCACAAAGCAAAAGAAGUUCAGGUUAUAACGUGGUAAUGGUUGAUCCGCUGGAAGCUAAGCGCCUAGCUGCUAAACAAAUGCAAGAAAUUCGGGCCACAGAAAAGCUGAAGAGACGCCGUCAAGCAGAAGCCAUUAACGGCGCAUUGGCAAUGAUAGGACUGACUGUUGGAUUGAUAGUGGAAGGUCAGACAGGAAAGGGUAUCUUGGGGCAGCUAGCUGGAUAUCUGGUGGCUAUUUCUAGUUUAUUUGGCCAAUAGAGGACCAUGAUUGGAGAUUUCUUUUUCACGUUCCUUGGCCAGGAGAGUUCUUGCCUGAAUCUUAUUUGCUGCAUCCACCCAAUUUCUUGGGUUAAUCCUAGCUGGCUGUGCAAUAACACUCACGAUUUGUAUGCAAUCGUUAGCAUGGGCUGAACAUUGAUACACAGGGUAACAGAUUCAUUCUAUGUACCCACAACAAUUUCUGAUGAUGCUAUUUAGCAGCUGCUAAAAAAGCAGUUCUAUCCA